GGUCACACUACCCGAUAGGCUUACUCAAAAUAUCGCCUCCCGUUUAUCGACUACAGCCUUGUUUUUGUUUUGGUUUUUAUAAAUUCGCAAUAAAAAUGAACUCGAGCUUUCAGGACCUGUACAAGAAGGGUCUGGACAUGGGCGAGCAGCAGAAGCAGCGCCAAAAGGACCUCCUGAAGCAGCAGAAGCUGCGCCGCCAGCAGGACCAGGAUGACUCCCGGCCGCUGCAAAAACCCGGCGAAAAACCGCCAAAGAAGAAGAAGAACUGGAAACGUGCUGGUCACCAAAAAGGAAUCCCCUACAGACCACAACUUUCCGAGUGGCUGCGCCAUAAGCCCGAGGAUCUCGGCGAGUGGCUGCUGGUUCCUUGUCCCGUGGGCAAGAGAUGCCUCGUGGUGGCCAGCAAGGGGAUCACAAAAGUGUACUCCAAAGGCGGCUGGAUGUUCAUGGAUCUGCGAUCGUCUUUGCCUGGCGACUGGCAGCUCCAAAAGGGCCAGACAAUUCUUGACUGCGUUUACGUGGAGGAUGCGGAUACCUUCUAUGUCCUGGAUGCCAUCUCAUUUGGCCAACAGGACUUGCAGGACUGCGAGGCAUCCUUUCGUUUCUAUUGGCUGCGCGCCCGCUUCGAAGAGAAUGAUUUUUCCAAACUUAACGAGCACAACGAGAAGCCAUUUGUGCUCCUGGACCACUACGACUUCGAGGACACCUCUGCUGUGGAGCAGGUCCUGCACAAGUAUCCGGUUUUCCCGGAGAACAAGCCGCCCCUAGAUGGUUUCCUGUUUUACCACAAAGAAGCUAGCUAUGUGUGCCAAGUAACUCCCUUAGUGUGCUGGCUGUUUCCCUUUAUGAUGAUAGAUGUUCUGGGACUGCCCGUGAGUAAGAGUUAUUCGGCUCCCGAGGAUUACCAACCUAGCCAGGCUUUGCAAUACAUGGAUGAGUUUGAUCGCAAAUUGAAAGAGCAUAGGAACCAAAUAAAGGAGCAGAGAAAGGCAGUUAAAGUAAAGAAGCAGCCUGAGGUAACCAUGGAGGCGGAGGAGGAAGCUGACAGCGAUGAGUAUGACGGCCUGAAAGGAGUCCUAGAUCACCAGAGGCGCCUGGAGCUCGGUGAAUUCGACAUGGACUGUGCGGAGCCGCCAGCAGCUGACGUCUGCUAGGCAAAAUGAGCGGCGGUGUGAGGGUGAC